AAACCUCAAAGAAGAAGAAGAAGAUGAUGUGAGAGGUAAUGUGUUGUGUUUUGUGCACAAGAUACCCGCAUCUAUCUUGGUAUUUACUUUUACCAAACCAUUUUGUAAUGCGUUUAUCUUCUUGUAAAGCUACAUACCAGAUGGACUCCCGGGUUGCCAUGUCCUGAGCCUGAGAAAGGGGGUUUUUGCAACCUUAUGUGUGAAUAUCUGCAGGCGUGAAUGUUGUAAACAAUGAUCGUUUUCAUCUGGAUCACCACUGGAUAAAUCUGGGAUUCAUCUUGCGACAAUAAUUAACGGAAUUACAUCAGGUUCAAGAUGUCCAAAAUUGAACGUCUGAAUGCCCGAGUGGAAAAGCUGCUGUGUAAAGCUGUGCAGGAGGUCCUGGAGGUGGUGAAGGAGACCGUAUCGGAGUACCAAGAGAAAACCGCCAGAACACAGAGAGAGAACCAGAGUCUGAAGAGGAAGCUGCAUGAGCUCCAGCAGAAGCUACAACUGGAGAGCAAUGGAAUUGCAGCCCAGCAGGAUGAUGCAGAGCUGCUUCUGAUGGAGCAGAAACAGAAGGAAGAGCUGGAGGAGGAGGACGUUGAACUCAUCCAUUCCGAUAAGGACAUUGCAGUAAUCUGUCCCUCGUAUUCAUUCGAAGACCUCGAAUGUGAAGCAUCCAUCACAUCAUUGGCCGCCUCCUGUCUCUCCCCUAGAGCUCCGACAGGACCUGACUUGAACAAUCCAAGAGCUCUUAAGACAGAGACUGAUAAUGGACUGUCAACUCCAAUUUCAAACCAUGUAGUUACAAUCUCUGAAAACAAUCAUAAAAUGAAAGUAGAGCCUACGUCAGAUGAAGACGCCAUGCGCGCCACAAACUAUUUUUAUGAUGAUGCUGGUACAUCCUCACACAACCUAGAACCUCCUCAAGCCAAUCCAGGACUCUACAAUGAGUCAGGGGUCAUCUUCAGUCUGGAGCAAAAUGGCACAGAAGUAUCCCAAAGAUGCAACAAUGCAGACAUUGUUGCGGCAGAAAAACAAGUCAUCAUUCAAACAAGCACAAUGGGCGCUUCAGGCUCCAUAGUGUUCGAGAGGAACGUCAGGAAACACUACUGCUGCUCGCUCUGCGGUCGCACCUUCAGGCACGCGGGCGACUACAAGAAACACAACCGGGUGCACACGGGGGAGAAGCCGUACUGCUGCUCGGUGUGCGGGAAGCGCUUCAGUCAGUCGGGCUACCUGACGGUGCACCUGCGCUACCACACAGGAGAGAAGCCGUUUGGCUGCAGUCACUGUGGCAAAAGUUUUAGUCACUCGAGUAACAUGAAGAAACACCAGCAGACUCAUCUGUGAGGCUGAUGUGUCCACACUUUCUCUAUUCAUAUCAUGCUAUUGAUAGUUAGAGCUGUCUUCGGCCAAAGAAAUUCUUAGUCGACGAACACUCAUACGAUUUUGUUGACUAAUGGAUUAGUUGAUUUAAUCGACAGAUCUGUAAAACUGAGUUUCUCCACAAGGAAUCGCACAAAGGCACCACUUUAAAUCUUGUGUUUACCAGAGACGUGCUCAUAAAUUUCUUGGAAAUAAGUCAUUCAGCAUGAAAAAACAUAAAAAACAACAAGUCGACUAAAGAAUCUGAGUCGAUUGAGACCAAAACGACUGGUUAGUGGACUAAUGACCGAGAGGAGGCAGCCCUAUUAUUUAUAUUUAAGACUGGACAGUGAAAAGGCUGUUUGUAAUCUACAGAUAGAAAUAAUAAAAUUAUAAUAAUUAUAAUAAAUAAAUAAGGUGUAAAGUGCUGGAUCCUCAAAGUUCAAUGUCAAAUCAUCCUCUAUGGUUUAGCUGAGCGUACUGCAAUUUUAUUUAGAAAGUGAUGUCGCUUCAGAAUCAGAAUCAGAAUCAGAAAGGUGUUUAUUGCCAGGUGUAAGGGGUAUACACGAGGAAUUUUCUUUGGCUUUGUUGGUGCGAGACAAAUAGUAUAAUAACAAGAAUUAAAUAAAACGUUAGAAUAAAAUAAGAAUAAAAAUGUACAAUUUACAAAUAAGCUAUAAAAACAAACAUGAUAUAAACAGAUAGUGCUUCAAGAGUGUUACAUGGAAAAGUAUCAAGCACAAUCUAAUAAUUCUCUACUAAAUGUAUUCCUUUAUGGUAAAGUUUUCUGUAUUGCAAAUAACAAGGUUUCUUUAUGCAAUCUGAAUCCCCAAAACUACACCAGAUGUUGUGUUGUCAACUUUAAACACAGCAAAGCAGAGAACAAAUUGUAGCCUGCUGGAUGAAACUUCACAGUGAGUCAGUUCAAAAAUACUGAACUGUGAUUUUAAAGUUGGUCUGAUUAGUUGUCAGUGAUGAAACAAACUGCAGUUUGAUGAGAGAUGUCAGUCAGUUGUGUAAGUUAAUAGUAAACUCUGCCUAUGGAGAAUCCAUAUCAGCAUGGGUAGUGUAUAAAUCAUAAAUAAUUGAUCUCUGAUUGUUUAACAAGGCUGGGCAUAAUAUGAAAAAAUACAUCCCCUACAAAAUAUACAGUCUAUCAUUAACAAAGUGGAAGCAUAAACUCCCAAGACCAGACUGGCCUUUAAGGCUUGCAGCAGGUGAAGUUAUAGCAUGUCAAAGUUUUGUAUUUUUAUCUUUGGGUAAAAUGAUUAAAAUAAAAAAACAAAAAAAACAAUUUAAUGAAAUACAUACUGUUUUGGAUACUUUUAAGCAUGGAGUUUGGCCAUUUUAGUUUGCACUAAGUUACUAAGUUGUUCUCUUCUGUAUUUGUGACUUUGAUACAUUAAUAAAGUGUGAAAUACCAGUUUUGGUAAUUUUACUUUGGGGCAUUUUUUUUGGCUGUAUGAUGUAACAGGACAAUAAAGAUUUAAAGGGCA